CGCAGUGUCUGGCGACGGCCUUUUGCUGAGCUGACCCGGCGGCUGCGGUUCCUGCGCUUGCAAACCGAGGCCCCGCGGUCAUGAACGGCAAAGAGGGACCAGGAGGGUUCAGGAAGAGGAAGCAUGAUAACUUCCCACAUAACCAAAGGAGAGAAGGGAAGGAUGCCAGUUCGUCUUCGCCGGUGAUGCUGGCCUUCAAAUCGUUUCAGCAGGAGCUGGACACAAGACACGACAAAUAUGAGCGACUUGUGAAACUAAGCCGGGAUAUUACCGUGGAAAGUAAGAGGACGAUUUUUCUUCUCCAUAGGAUCACAAGUGCUCCUGAUAUGGAGGAGAUUCUGACUGAAUCAGAAAGUAAGCUGGAUGGGGUCAGACAGAAAAUGCUGCAGGUAGCCCAAGAGCUCUCAGGAGAAGACAUGCACCAGUUCCAUCGUGCUGUCACCACAGGACUCCAGGAAUACGUGGAGGCUGUCUCCUUUCAACACUUCAUCAGAACCCGAUCCCUGAUCAGUAUGGAGGAGAUCAACAGGCAGCUGACGUUUACAACAGACGACAGUGGGAAGGAGAGCAAGGCUCCUCCCGCUGAUGGACAAGACAAGCAGCUGGUUACCUGGAGACUGAAGAUCACACCGGUGGACUACCUGCUGGGCGUGGCCGACUUGACUGGAGAGCUGAUGCGGAUGUGCAUUAACAGCGUGGGCAACGGGGACAUUGACACCCCCUUUGAAGUGAGCCAGUUCCUACGCCAGGUUUACGAUGGGUUCUCCUUCAUUGGCAACACUGGGCCCUACGAGGUCUCUAAGAAGCUGUACACCUUGAAACAGAGCCUGUCCAAAGUGGAGAACGCUUGCUAUGCCCUUAAAGUCCGGGGCUCUGAGAUCCCUAAGCACAUGCUGGCCGAUGUGUUCUCAGUGAAAACGGAGAUGAUUGACCAGGAAGAGAGCAUUUCUUAAGCAACUCCGCUCAGUUCUCUAAGGCGUGAGCUCCUGGGGGGCUGUUGUGAGGCUGUUGUGAGUGUGCGUUUGACUUUAUUGUGGCUUCUUAGACGUGUCCAGGUGUACUAGUUUGAAGUGUGUACAGCUGUAUAUAAGUAGUCCACAGGGACGUUUCUUACACGCGUGCAUUUGCAUCAGUGUUUAUAUGUGCUUACACUAUUGUUGUGUGAACAUGCUUCCGACUGCUCUCUCUGCCACACCUACUUUAAUUCACUUUGAACUUGGAGUGACAUUUUGGGUGGAAGGAAGUCUCUUAAGUGGGUGAUCCUUUGUAUGGAGGGAAAACGGUGUAGCGAAGCCUCUGGAGUGAGCUUCCUGUUUCAGUUCCUCGGCAGUGUCAUGGCAAGCCUUCAAAGUGGGCCUAGCACACGGAACAACAGUUUUAACGUGCAAGCUAUCAGUAUUUUUUAAGUGCAAAUUUUGGUGGUAUUGAGAAUUCACUUAAAGUUUUGGUCAAGUUUAGGCCAUUUUGAAUUUAUAUGAAGCAGCUUUCCUGAGGAAUUGAUGGGUCCAGAUGUUCCUUUCUCAGAGAUGUGGGAAGGAGCUGACAUUGCUCUUCCCUGGUGAUGCUGAGUAUCUAACCACACACUUGUCUGUAGGGUGUGAGCAGCCAGGCCCUUCGUCAUGUGUUAGGUGGACUGCACUUUCCUACCCCAGCCAUCCUGGGACCCACAGAAGGGCAGCCACAGUGCUUGGAGAGCUGACAGCCCAAACCUUUACACUUGUCCCUUGGUGUUAGCUAGUGAUGUUGCCAAAGAAAAUGACUUGUGUAUAACUCAGCAAUAAGACAAUUUCCAGCUCAGGAGGGAGUGCUGGGAGUGAGUUCACCUCCCCAGUCAGUCAGUCAGUCAGUCAGUCAGUCAGUCAGUCAGUCAGUCAUCCAUCGUGGUGAGAGCCUGGCUUGAGCGUCGCCCGCAGCUGACACCACCACAUGUUUUCAUCUAGUUUUGUGAGUUUUCAGGACUUGGAUACUGGGUUUUAUUUUUUGGAAAGAAUAUCUACUUGUAAGGCUGGUUCUUUGAAAGUGUAAUUUUCCAAAACUUGUCACGGACAGGAAAGUGACGUGUGCACAUGCCUGCUGAGUUAGCUGUUUGUCGUGUGAUGAGGCUUUGUCUUCCCUGCAGUAAGAUAGAUGCUAAGUUUCAGUCAGUCCUGUUACCUGCUGUCUGUUUUUCAGCUACGUCAAGUUGAAUUUAUAAUGUUAAAAUAAUGGAUUGAAGAAUGUUUUACAGAAAUUUAAAGCAAAUUUUAAAUAAAAUAUUAAAAUACA